CUCCUGAGAGAGAGGGGUUCCCCUUUCCAGCAGCACACGGAGAGACUGCCGGAGUUCUUUGAUGAGUGCAAACUCGUACAACAAACAAGGAAGUCCCGCAGAUGAUCGGCUGUACUCAUAGUGUGGUUCUGAAAGUGAAAUGACCAGAUUUGAAGGCUAAUUUGAGUCGUUUCUGCGCCUCUCGUGCGCUCUCACGACGGAUCUCCAAUGCCCAAAGAGUGCAGGAGGAAGAGCUCCAAAGAUUUAGGGCUUUCAGGGACUCCUAUAAACGAAGGGUCACGUUCAGAGCGAAGACCAGCCGGGAAGUCCUCGCAGAUCUGCGAUGGUCUUGCUCAGAAAGCUGCUCAGAUCACUGCUUCAUCCUCAACCGGAGAGCCGACUGUGAUGGAUGUUCGACAGGUACCGCAGGUCACCAUCACCCCGGAGGGAGGCGGCUCCUCCCGGGAGAUACAGCAGGAGGACUUGGAGGAUCCGGUGGAGGGCACGUUGCGCAGAAAACUGUCUAACUCGUCCAUCUCAUCCACGGGCUCAUCUGUUGUGGAGUCCGAGGAUGAUUUACUGAGUGACAACGAGAGCAAAAGCAAAGGCAUCAUCACGCUGGAGCCUCUGGUCCUGGCCCCUGACACAGGAGAGAGCAAGCCAUGGUGGAAGUUAAAGACAGUUGUCCACUGGCCCUUCAGUGCUACCCAGAGGAAGAAACUGAACUGGGUUCAGCUGGCCGGGCAUAAAGGAAACUUCAAAGCGGCAGAUGAGGGCACCAUCCUGAAAAAGUUCUCUGAAAAUGAGAUGCAGUGUUUUGAAAAGCUGAGGGAUGACGCUCUGCUUCCGUUUGUGCCUACUUACCAUGGUGUGGUGGAAAAAGAUGGAGAGUCUUUUCUUCACAUGACUGACCUGCUGGCAACAUUUGACCUUCCUAAUGUCAUGGACUGUAAGAUGGGAGUAAGGACGUAUUUGGAGGAUGAGCUGGUCCGAGCACGGGAGCGUCCCAGGCCAAGGGAGGACCUUUACAAGAAAAUGGUGGAGGUGGACAGUGAUGGGCCAACUCCUCAGGAACACUCCCAACGAGGAGUCACCAAACCUCGCUACAUGCAGUGGAGGGAGAGCAUGAGCUCCUCCAACACGCUGGGAUUCAGGAUAGAGGGGAUCAAGAAAUCUGACGGAACGUGUCGAACCGACUUUAAGAAAACCCGUUCAAGGGACGAUGUCAUCCAGGUGUUCAGAGACUUUGUUGGAGGGAAUGUCGGCAUACUUAAGUCUUACCUGAGCAGACUGAUGGCAAUACAGCAGGCCCUGAAGACAUCAGCCUUCUUCAGACAACACGAGGUCAUUGGCAGCUCUUUGCUUUUUAUCCAUGACCACACAGGCAAUGCCCAGGUCUGGAUUAUUGACUUUGGAAAGACCACAGCAUUACCAGAAGGCCAGACGUUGAACCAUGAAAUUCCGUGGCAGGAAGGCAACCGGGAAGAUGGCUACCUGUGGGGGCUGGAAAACCUCAUCCAAACACUGAAGUCUAUCAGCGAUGAAGAGACGAGUGGAGACAUGUGUUGCUCAGUUACCAAAGAAAAUAGUCAAACUACAGAAACAGAAGCUCAGUGAAUUAGACUUUUACACAGGUGAAGGGAACUCAAACUAUUUUAACAGACAUCUUGAGGGUGGUUUUAAGAAGAGUAGUUGUUAGGGAGCUUUAUAAACCACUGACAGAAAAAAAUACACUGGACACUGCAGAGAGGCAACUUGUCACUAGUUUCUGAAUGAUUGAGCAAAUAAACUGACACUAAUUCAACUUCCUACAUGACAGAAGUGAAAAAGUAGGGUUUCUGCUUUUCACUCUCAGGGAGGGAUGUUGUGAAGAAAUGCUCAUGAAGUAUGAAUCAAACAAAGGCAGAGAAAGUUAAAGCUGAUGUUGAACUGGUCACAGACCUCAUAGUCCUCCGACUACAGCACAUAAAUACUGUACAAUAAAGUUAACUGUAACUUUUCUGACAAACUUUCUUUUAUUGUGUAACAUUUUAGAUUUCUUUCACUGAUUUGAUCAAACUUUAAUUUAAAAAUUACAUUUAAUCACUCUUGUUUCAUGUGCUGUUAAAACAUGCUAAAUUUCAAUGCUGCAAUGUUUGUUAAAGCACAGUCUUUGGUUUUGGUCACAGAUGUUCUGCAAAGGAAUGAAAAUAUAAAGGAAUUAAAAGGGGAACAUUUAUUUAAAUACUUACCUUUGUUGGACUGGAUUCAGUUAUUUUUUUGUACCACUGGGACAAAACUGAUGACAGAAAAAGGAUCAAUAUAUGUUUAUUUAGGGCACAGUAAGGUUAGAUGAACGUGUGAAUACAGUAUAUUGCAUAGAGUGCAUUUUUGGUUGAGGGUUAUAACUUCCUCAGCUACAUAAAGAAUUCAGAAACUUUGUGAAAGAUGACAAAAACAAAUUCCCAAAUCAAUCAAACAUUUUUGAAACCUAUGUGAGCCUUCUCUACUUUGAAGUUAAAUCAAGAAACACUUCUAUCAGCAGGCCUGAGCAUAAAAACCUACAGUAAACCAAGAGGAUAUAUAAAUGUAACAUUCAAACACAUCAAAAAAGAACUAGUAACAUUUAGGCUCCGAAUAAAAACACACGUCUACCUAACUGAUUAAAUACGAAUAACCUGAAAACAUAAAUACUGAAUGUAAAAUAAAACUGUUAAGACUGAGAUACCUGCAGCAGCAUGUUUGCUAUAUCAAAGCUGAAUACCUCCCUCUGCUGAGUAAACAUAGGAACUACCAGCACUGCUCUAGCAGACGCAGUGUAAAGGUAUCGAAUGGCAGUGAUCAACUACAAAUCCAAAUCCAUCAAUAACAUGAAUGCAUACAAAUAAAACAGCUACUGAUGGGUUAGUACAGUGUAUAAAGCCAAGUACAAAAAUAGCAGAUAUUUUCAUAGCUGCAUGUUUAUCAGCAAACUCCACAAACUUUUAAUUCAUGAGACCUUUCACAGGUUCUUUGCAGUCACGUGAUUCCGAUGAUGUGCAAAUGUCCAUUGGGGGGCAGGGAGUGGGGUCAAUCAUUAGGAAUGAAUGGGAAUGGAGUAAAGUUAAUACAUGCUCUAAAUGGACCUGUGCGCUGCGAUUAUCAUCAGGAAAUUUCUACAUACAGCGAAUGCGUCCACUACACCUUCUAGUGUCUGCUAUCCUGAUGAAGGAUAGAGUCUUGAGAAGUCUUGUAUGGACCUAAAAGGCUAGCUUAACAAAAGUCCUCAUUUUAUCAUAAACAUGCUUUUAAUUGGGACAGUUAUAUACUAUCAACUGAAUAAACCCUGUAGGGUAAGUGACUGAGUAAUGAUGUGUCCGUCAUGAACGAGCCCGUGCUACCAAGUGUCUCUUUAAUGUUAAUAGCAGUAGCUAGCUCCCUUUUGAGUGCUUGUUUUACUUUCCUUUAUUCUUAUUUAAUCCACAUUUAAAAAGCCAAAUGAAGAGCCAUUUGUGAGCCACACAACCAGCUCCACUGAGCUGAGCUAAAUGAUCUGGAUCUCUUAAAAGAGACGGAUUCGACACGUUGAGAGAGGCUGGACUGACAUCAGCUGAGGGAACACAGGUAAGAUCAGGGUUUAAUGAACCAAACCAGACCACUUUGCGGAAACGGACCAUACAUGAGUGUUGUGUGACACCACUCGUCCAGGAUUUUUUUUUUUUCUAAUUUUUUGCCUGAAUAUUUCACUACUUUUAAGACUACAAAAGUAGCUCAAGAAUUAAGAAUGUUAUUUUUGCACUUAAAA